AUGGCAUCUAGAGCCGCGCCGCCCGUGUCGGCGCAGCUCGCUGCGCUCACGGCAUGGGUGCAGGCCGUGUGUGACGUGCAUCACAUUGAUGAUUGUAGUAGUCUUUGCGAUGGUAAAGCCCUAUUCGAGGUCUUGGCCGGCGUCUAUACAGAGGAGCUUGGCAUGUCGCAAAAUGAACUUCCGGACAUUGAUACCCGGGCUGCUUCCCAAUCUCCGCCAGCCCAAGACGAGCUCGUCAAGCUGUUGCGCCUAGUCGUAGGCCUUGUCGUUAGGAGCGAAGACAACAAAGAGCAUGUCAAUGCCAUGCAGUCCCUUCCCUACGACGAUCAGGUCACGAUGAUGAGUAUUGUUGAGAGUUUGCUUGCCGAUCCAGCGCAAACUCCUAGCCAAGAGGGCGCACAAGACGCGAAGGCUUGUGUGCGCACAGGUGCCGCAGAUAUACCGGAGGAGAUGGAGAAGGAGAUACAGGCGCUUCGGUGCGACUUUGAGCGGGCGACUGAACGCUGCCAGAUACAGCAUGAGCGUCUCGUGACUAUGGAAGCUGAGCUGCAGCGUGUCCAGGAAGAACACCAACAACUUGACCAGCUUGUCGAAUCACUCCGCGAGGUGGAACGCGAGCGCGAUGCUCUGCGGGACAAGCAUGACGAAUGGAGACACAUGGCCGAACUUACAAAGAAGCAGGAACGCCAGCUGGACGUGCUUCGUGAUCGCGUAGGGGAGACAGCAGAGCUGCGGCGCCAAGUCCGAGAGCUCGAGUCAAAGAAUACCGAGCUGACCAAUGCGGUCAACAGCGCUGCUAACCGAUCAGCUAUGGAUCUUACCGACAAAAAUUGGUCGGAAAGACGCGCCAUGGAGCGAAAGUACGCAGAGCUUCUAGAGGCCCACGAGACUGUUUGCCGGGAUCGUGACAAACUCGAGUGCCGAUGCUGCAAGCUUGAGGAACAGCGUCGCACGGAUCAAGAACAACUAAGUACUCUCUUCGCCCGUAUACGCUCCUUGGAACUGGAUGAAAGUUUACACAUGUUAUCCCUUGUCCCGGAAACGAGGGAGCCACCAGCAGCAGAGCCCGUUCGAAAAGCUGCCCUAGAAGCUGAAUUAAAGCAAUUGCAAAAUGAACAGGACCGCUUGCCGUCCUCCGACAACGAGAAUCAUUCUCACGCCGUUAUUGCUCCUAUUUUCUCAGAUACCAAGCUAAUGCGGGACCAAGCACGCCUCAAAGAGGCAGAAACUCGCAAAUUACUGUCGCAGCUUGAAAAAAAGAUGGACGAAGAGGACGUGGUGCUGCUUGCCGAUAUAAUCACCGAGUCUUUUGCUCAGCAAGACCUCCUUUACCAGCGUCUCCAAGCGACCUCAGAGGAACUGGACAAGGUACGCGGCAGAUCCUAA